ACUCCAACAAGAUUGUGAAAAGCUCAAUUGGUUCAUUCGACGGCAAAGAGGCAGCGAGCUCCGAUGGCGACCGGCAACCGACCUCACGUGCUGGCCGUUCCGCUCCCCGCACAAGGGCACGUGAAGCCGCUCAUGUCUCUGUGCCGCCAAAUAGCCAAACACGGCAUUAAGGUCACCUUCGUUAACGCCCAAUCCAUCCACGACAAACUACUACUUUCCGCAUCUGAAGAUGAUUCCGACAACAACAUAGUUAUGGCAACAGUCCCCGACGGCCUAACUCCGGAGGACGAUCCAGACAACCCCUUCACGCUGUUCGAAACUCUGCCGAAGACAAUGCCGCAAACCUUGAAAGAUUUGAUCGAGACGAUCAACAGCUCCAACCCGAAUGAGAAGGUCACUUGUGUCCUUGCCGACCUCUCGUUUUCGUGGGUUUUCGACGUUGCUGAAAAGACGGGAGCUGAGCCGGUGGGUUUCUCGCCGCCCUCCGCCGCCUGCUUGGCCAUGUUGUUUCACACUCUCAAGUUGUUCGAGCAAGGAGAUCUCGAUUCAAACGGGUCAAUGAAGAACGGGGAUGUAAUUUCCCUGUCCGACGAUAUACCCUCUUGGACAAAAGACGAGCUUUCGUGGCAUGUUCCGCGGCCCGGUGACACGAAAGCCCAAAAGCUCUUCUUCGAACUCGUAAAAGGAUACAAAGAUGCUACUAAAGCUAAGUGGUGGCUUUGCAACACUUGCUAUGAACUCGAACCUGCAGCCGCUCAGUUACUUCCUAAUGCAUUCCCAAUCGGGCCGGUAAAUUUACUCAACUCAGACAAUUCAACACCUACCAAUUUCUAUUCCGAAGAUUCGUCCUGUUUAAGAUGGUUGGACACCAAACCGGUUGGAUCGGUUGUGUAUGUUUCAUUUGGAAGUUCGGCAUUUUUCUCACAGCAACAGCUGGAUGAGUUGGCUCUUGGCCUUGAGCUAUCAGGCCGGCCCUUCCUGUGGGUUGUGAGGCCGGACCUUGCCAACGGGUCACCAGUUGUGUACCCUGAUGGGUUCUUAGACAGAGUCGGUGAGGUCGGGAAGAUUGUAGGUUGGGCGCCACAAGAUAGGGUUCUUUCGCAUCCAUCAAUUGCCUGCUUUCUGUCGCACUGUGGAUGGAAUUCGACUAUGGAAGGAACGAGUAGAGGGGUCCCUUUUCUAUGUUGGUCUUAUUUCACGGACCAAUAUCAUAAUGAAAGGUACAUUUGUGAUGUGUGGGAGAAUGGAUUGAAAAUUGAAUUUGAUGAAGAGGGGAUUAGAUCAAGGCAUGAAAUCAAGAAGAAAAUCAGUAUGUUGUUUUCUGAUAAUAAAUUUAAGGAAAAUACAGUGAAGCUCAAGGAAAAGUGUUGCAAGAGCAUUGGUGAGGGAGGGUCGUCUUAUAAGAAUUUGGAGAAAUUUAUUGAUCAUCUUAGAAGAUGAAAGAUGAUAUAAUCUGAAUUUGGAUGUUGAAUCUCCAAUUUUAUUUAUUUUUGGCUUGGUAAUGAUUUCA